AUGAUAGACCAACGUCUCUUCUUUUGCCCAACUUAUGCUGGAGUCAAUGCCAGUAAAGAAGGUUACUUCAAGUCCCCGUACAGAUGGAUGCUCCUGGGUUCUGUAGAUAUGGUCAAUCCUUUCACACUAUUACAAGACAUCAAUAUGGUCAUAGACAGUGAUGUAGUGGUGGCAAAAAAGUUUGAUGAGGGUGAAUUCGUUUUAACUGAAGUUUAUAAAAUCGCUGAAGGCACUGAACUGAUUUUCAACACCAGAGCAAUUUGGCGCGCCACCAACAAUAACUUGAUUGACGGCGGUAGCAACAUGAUCAACUUCUCAAUUGAGAAAGAACAACUUAAUGCAACGCGUGAAAAGUUCACUUCGGUAGAGAAUGGUGGGAAUGACAUCGGCAAUUCAUAUCUCCACCAAGACUCCAUAACAAAAAUGUCAUACGUGAUAGUGAAGAUAUGCUUCGAAAUGUUAAACGCAUCAGAGAAGUUGAUCUUCACUCACACGUGGGGUUAUAGGGACAAGAACGGAAACUGGCAGGGGAUCAUUGAUCACCUGCUGAAAAAAGAAGCGGACUUAGGCACAUUGACGAUCUUCACUCAGGAGCGAAUGGAGUGCAUAGACUACAUCGCUAUGGUGGGGUCGACGGCCGUCAGGUUCGUCUUCCGGGAGCCGCCGCUUGCGCUUCUUUCCAAUAUCUUCACGCUGCCCUUCACCGGAGGGGUGUGGCUAGCGAUCAUCGUCUGUGUACUGGCCUGCGCAAUCUUUCUCUACAUCGCUUCGAAAUGGGAAGCCACCGUAGCCAUGCAUCCGACGCAGCUGAAUGGGACGUGGGCAGAUGUGCUCAUAUUAAUCAUCGGCGCAGUUCUUCAACAAGGAUGCACGCUCGAGCCAAGAUACGCUGCCGGCAGAUGUGUUACCCUUCUGCUUUUCAUCGCCCUAACAAUCCUAUACUCCGCUUACUCGGCGAACAUCGUAGUGUUACUCCGAGCGCCCAGUUCCUCGGUUAGGAGUCUCCCUGACCUCCUGAACUCGCCGCUGAAACUUGGGGCGAGCGAUUUCGAAUACAACAGAUACUUCUUUAAGAAACUUAAUGAACCGAUACGAAAGGCUAUCUACGACAAGAAAAUAGCGCCGAAGGGGAAAAAACCGAACUUUUACAGCAUGAAGGAGGGCGUUGAGAAAAUAAGACGCGGUUUGUUCGCGUUCCACAUGGAGUUGAAUCCUGGAUACAGGCUCAUUCAAGAGACCUAUCAAGAGGAAGAGAAAUGCGAUCUGGUCGAGAUUGACUACAUAAACGAGAUAGAUCCGUGGGUGCCCGGUCAAAAGAGAUCUCCCUACAAAGAUCUGUUCAAAAUUAACUUCAUCAAGAUCCGGGAGACGGGGAUCCAAGCUAACAACCACCAUCGUCUGCACGUGCCACGGCCGCGGUGCUCGGGUGCCAUCUCCGCAUUCAGCAGCGUUGGUAUCACCGACAUGUACCCUGCCAUAAUUGCCACGCUGUACGGCAUGCUGCUAGCGCCAGCUGUGCUGAUAUUGGAGAUAUUCCAUAAACGACUGAUUAGGGAAGCGGCCUCACUGUACGGGGUGAAGAGAGGCCAUUCCCGGCGGGCGGUUGGUGAGCGGGAAGUGGAGACACUAAAACCGUUCUUGGAGAUGCCAUAUCCUGGGGCUCAAAUGGAGCUGCAGCUGUGGGCCAACAAGAGAGCUUCGUCGAGCAACCAUUUUAGUUAUCCCUACCGUUGGUUGUUGUUAAGUUCCACUGGAGACAAAUCGGAUAUUUUGCGUGAACUAUCACUAUGGCCCACUAGUGACCUCGUAUUGGCUACAAAGAAGAAUGGCACCUUUACACUGAACGAAUGGCACAAAACGUCUGCGAACGGACCGCCGAUCUCCACAUUCAGGGGAUUUUACGAUGGAGACUUCGUGGACGUAAGGCCGACAAAGGAGCUGUACAGGAGAAGGAGGGACCUGAUGGGGCAUCCAUUAACUAUGGCCAACGUGAUUCAAGACAGCAACACUACACAGUACCACAUGGAAGAUGGUCUAGAAGGUCAACACGACGCGACAGCGAAGAUAUCUUGGAUGGUUGUGAAGCUUGCCUUCCAAAUGCUGAACGCCACCCCGCAGCACAUCUUCAGCCACCGUUGGGGUUACAAGCAGAAUGGACGCUGGUCCGGUAUGAUCGACGACAUCCUCAAUAACAGAGCUGAUCUGGGCACCAACUGUGCCGUUUACCCAGAACGUUUGGACGUCAUCCAAUACACAGAUACCAUCGCACCCUUCAAGGUUGGGUUUAUAUUCCGACAACCGCCCCUCCCUUACGUGGCCAACAUAUUCACGAUGCCCUUCUCCACUGAGGUGUGGCUUGCAGUGGCUGGUUGCAUCAGCUUCUCAACCGUCGUGCUGUACCUCGCUAGCAAAUCAGAGACCCGUUUUAUGAAGGCUCCACCACAGCUCGACGGUACCGUGAGUGACGCUAUGUUGGUGACGAUAAGUGCGUUCAGCCAGCAAGGCUGCACCUUGGAGCCGAGGAAGGCUUCGGGACGAAUGGCACUGUGGGUGGUGUUUGCAGCGCUUAUGGCGCUUUACGCCGCGUACUCGGCGAACAUCGUGGUUCUGCUUCAAGCGCCCUCCGCCGCUGUGAGGACUCUAAAGCAGCUCUCCCACUCGAAGCUCACGCUGGCCGCCAACGACGUAGAUUACAACCGUUUCGUUUUCGGCAUGUAUUCUGAUCCGGUGCGAGUGGAAAUCACGAAUAGAGUUAAACCGCCUAAAGGAAAACCGCACUUUUACACAAUCAACGAGGGCGUUGAAAAAAUAAGACAGGGCUUGUUCGCCUUCCACUCUAUAGUGGAGCCGGUGUACCGUCGCGUGGAGCAGACCUUCCACGCGAUGGAGAAGUGCGACCUGGUCGAGGUAGACUUCAUGUUGGGCUUCGACCCCUACGUACCGGUGAAGAAGGACUCGCCUUACUUGGAGCUGCUGAGAGUCAGCUUCAAGCAAAUCCGCGAGUUCGGUCUGCAGUCAGCUCUGAACAGGCGUCUGCAGGUGCCGAAGCCCCAAUGCACGCACAGAAUUGCGGCGUUCAGCAGCGUCGGACUAAGAGACCUUCGGCCGGUACUGGCUCUGAUGCUGUACGGCGCAGCGAUGUCCAUGUUAAUCCUUCUACUCGAGAUCAUUACAUCCAAAGUGCACGCA